CUCAACUCACACUCAAAAACAACAGAGAGCUCGACUUGGUCACUAUUUCCAACCGGUCGAAGUGAGAGUUUUCCUAACAUAAGAUCAGCCUAAACAGCCUCGUCUCCUAUUCCACUAUGGCCACUUCUCUUGACCAACUGAAGCAGUUCACGACAGUCGUUGCUGACACCGGCGAUUUUGAAGCCAUUGGAAAAUACAAGCCGACGGAUGCCACGACCAAUCCAUCCCUUGUACUGGCUGCUGCUUUGAAGGAGCAAUAUGCGUCAGUUGUGGAAGAUGCCGUGAAAUUCGGAAAGGCAAAUGGCUCGACCAUGGCUGAGAAACUGGAAGCUACUAUUGACAAACUGUUUGUCAAUUUUGGUCUGGAGAUUUUGAAAAUUGUGCCAGGACGCGUUUCCACCGAGGUGGACGCCAGAUUGUCGUUUGAUGUUGAGAAGUCCAUCACGAAGGCACGCCGCUUCAUCCAGCUGUACGAGGAAGCCGGUAUCUCCCGCGACCGUAUCCUGAUCAAGUUGGGAACAACAUGGGAAGGCGUGCAGGCUGCAAAGGUGCUGGAAGCUGAGGGCAUCCACUGCAACAUGACACUACUGUUCUCCUUUGCCCAGGCUGUUGCGUGCUGUGAGGCUGGUGUUACUCUUAUCUCGCCAUUCGUGGGCCGAAUCCUCGACUGGUACAAGAAAGCUGAGGGCAAAGACUUUGUUGGGGCGGAAGAUCCUGGUGUGGUCUCCGUGACCCGGAUCUACAACUACUACAAGAAGUAUGGCUACAAGACCGUGGUAAUGGGUGCUUCAUUCCGCAACACUGGCGAGAUUCUGGAGUUGGCUGGGUGCGAUCUGCUAACCAUUGGGCCUGCACUGCUUGAGAAGUUGCAAAACAUGAAUGAUGCUGUUUCCCACAAGCUGUCCGCUGAUAAUGCUGCCAGUGUAACAGAGCCAAAGAUCUCCCUGGACGAGAAGGAGUUCCGGUGGAUGAUGAAUGAGGACCCAAUGGCAACAGAGAAGCUUGCUGAGGGUAUUCGCAAGUUUGCGGCUGACACUGUGAAGCUGGAGACCUUUGUGCUUGCAAAGCUCCAGUGAACGGAGCCCAAAACUGUUCCUCUGCUCUGACCCUGGUGUGCACACUGCACAGCCCCAAUUGUCAUUCGAUCACUUCCCAGGUGUGUCUUGCUGCACGCGCACUUCUAGAAAUUUGAGUUGCUUGUCGACCAGCUAUUUUUAGAAUUUUACCGAGCGUUCCCGGCACUGUCGUCCUGGUCUUGCCAUCAUGCUACUGUCACAGUAUCCUACGCGUAUCACCAGCUUAUUCUCAUUACUAGUACUUCUUUUUAGUCUUAACGCUUAUUACCACUGCUGAUUUCUGGUUGGUGUUUUCUCCGCCUGCGCAGGACAGUGCUGGAGUUUAAAUACACGUAGUCGCCUUGA